CGCUGACUAACCAAAGUUGUAGGCACUCUCCACCACUGCUCCACACUCUGUGCUGCUGCAAGCCGUGUCCUGUCCAUGCCCUCGUGUUUUGGAGCAGUGCCCGAUCUAGUCGAGCCCCAGGCUGCUGUAGGGCCUCCAGCCAUCGUCUCGGUGUAGAUCCUCACAUCGUCCAGUAAACCAUCAUCUCUCUCCUCGCCUGGCCACCGUUCAACCUUUCCAUCACAGCUAACUAUCAUCUGUUAUUUUUUGUAAUUAUACAUGGUUUAAUGUUACACACAUUUCAAAAACCAAAUGAAAUCUGGGUUAGCAGGUAUAAUUUUCACCUACUGUGGAUGUGAUCAGAAUUUAUAACCACAGGCCCGGAUGAUCAUUCUCACAGUAGAAGAAAAAUUCCUAUUACUCAAUUGUUUGCAAUUACCUUUCCUUGGUUAAGUGAUUGCUCGGAUAAUUCUCCUUCCCUAAUAUUAUGUUGGCUGUACAGCAAAACAAGAGGAAUUUGUUCCAUUACCACAUGAUGUUAAUGAAGAUCCAAAUCCUAAUGAAAUAUUUUACUGAGGAGGACAGGUAAAGGGAAACUCGACUGCCAACAGCACCCGCCUUGUUAUCAUUUUUACUGAUCUAUUUUUUUUAAUUGAAUAUAUAAUUUUUUAAACUAUUUUUCCACACGUAUAGGUUUGCCUCACCUGCCAACGCAUAAACUUAAAAAUCUGCAGGUUUUCAGAUAAGUUCACAAUCAAUUCACACACAGAUUUGAACAGGUUUAGCAUUGUCAUGAUUUCAAAAUGGUUAGGCAGAAAUGUAAAGGAUAUGGUUACAUUGACAUGGAAAAAUGGAAGAUGAAAUGCUCUGAAAAAAAAUCUGUCUGUGUUAUUCAGUAGGAGACAUCUGUGUCCGUCAGCUGCCAAUAUUCUCUCUUUAUGCAUACACGAUAAUUUAUUCAGUUUCCCACUGUGUUCUGCCGUUAUAGGUAAAAGCUGUUUAGUCACACAGAUUCCGAACACAGAUUCUUGUGCUUACGCUGAUUAUUUUUCCUUUUGAUAUCGGGUUCCUUCAUGACAUACUGUUUCCAAGUUUCUCGCUACGCAGGCUGGGAGGAUUUUAUUUCUCUCCAUAAUCCUUCUGGGGAUAAUUGUUUAUGACGUGACGUCAACAGGAUUGAUUCCUCUUCAAUGGCAUAGAGAGCAUGCAAGGGAGAGAGAGAGAGAGAGAGGAUAGAGAGUGAGAGAGAGAGAGAGAGCGAGAGAGCAGAGAGAGAGAGAGAGAGAGAGGAUAGAGAUAGAGAGCGAGAGCAGGAGAGAGAGUGAGAGACAGAGAGAGAGAGAGAGAGAGAGAGAGAGAGAGAGAGAAACAAGCAGCAAUGUGCACCAGCUUUCUGACAAAAGGACGCAAGGAUUAACUGGCUGAAUAACACAAGAAAUGUGCUGUAACCUAGUUGUUGACAUGUAGCCUUGGGAGCGAUAUGAAUGAUUAAGUGAAAAAAGCUUUUUACUUAAAUUUUUUGGAUGCUUGGCCGUUGCCAGCUAGCAGCAAAGGAUUCUUUGUUAAUCUUACAGUAUUAAUUUUAACUGCCUGGCUACCAAGUAGGAUUAUAAAACGGCAAAGUGCGUCACAGGAUCUUUCGAGAUUGAGGAAUGCAAUUCUGCCACCAUGAUGGAAGGAUUGAAAAAACGUACAAGGAAAGCUUUUGGUAUACGGAAGAAAGAAAAAGACACUGAUUCAACUGGUUCACCAGACAGAGAUGGAAAUAAGAAAACCAACGGUGCUCCAAAUGGAUUCUAUACAGAAAUUGACUGGGAGCGAUAUAAUUCCCCAGAGGUUGACGAUGAAGGCUACAGUAUCAGGCCAGAUGAUAAAUCAGGUUCUACCAAAGGGAAACACUUUUACUCAUCAAGUGAGUCUGAGUCGGAUGAAGACACACGCCGAAAAUUUAACAUAAAAAUUCGUCCGCUCCAGGCUAAAGAUGCUGUGACAUUGAUGGCAGCUUCAGUGGAUGAGCUAAAGGUCUCUGUCUGCAACAUUUCUCUAUCUCCUUCACCAUUGAGGCGCAGCCCAGCAAUUAUCAAAAGGAACUUAUCAUGUGAAGAAAUAGCUCGUCCGAGACGGUCAACGCCUACAACAGAAGUUGUCAGUAAUACGAAGGGACUAGAGGAUGCAGCGUCUCUGAUACCUCUCUUUGGCCCACCACUGGAGUCCGCAUUUGAAGGCAUGAAAUCAGAAGUUGCAAUUGAUCAGCCUGAGAUCUGGGGGCCAUUUCAAGCCACUGAGUCCAAGAGACAAUCACCUUUGCCAUCACGAUCCUUUCCUACAGGAGUACCUCCUCCUUUGCCUCCGAAAAAUGUUCCAGCCACACCGCCUCGCACAGGAUCCCCCUCAGCAGAGGGUUCAGACCACGUUAGUCUGAAAGGCACCAAGUCAGACCUUGAUGCAUCAACGCAGCAACCUUUACCGAACACAUCUCAUGGGACUAUAGGGAAUGACCGGGGUGAAGCAGAUCCCCAGCCUGACAAACUGUUGUCUAUCAGUGACCUGGAUGAUAUUUUUGGCCCAGUUGUGUUUCCCAGAUCCGGGGUCGACCUGUCGAAGAACAAGUGGAUCAAUUUUUCUGAUCGACCUCCCAGAGACGAUGUUUCACCUACAGUUCCAAGCGAAAAGAGGCCCACCUCGGCCCUGCAGCCAGAGGAUGUCCAGAGCGACCUACAGUCCACCGAUGCCCCUCCAAGUAUUUCUGUGCCCUUCGACCAUGAUGGGAGUGAGAAAAUGAGUUCUGAGCUGGCACUGGUCAAGAGCGAAAAGAGCGAGUCAUCCUCCUCCCUGAAAGAGCUCGCUAUGGGGCAAAAGAAUGUGCCCCCUCCCCCUCCACCUCCUACCUACAGGACAGUGGUAUCUUCUCCAGGACCCAUUUCAGGCAGUGGAGUAUCCGGUGGCAGUGGUUCUUCAUCUCCUGCUCGUCCAGCAACACCAUCAGGCAUAACCUGUAACACUCCUCCCCCUCCACCACCUCGCCCACCAUCACGGCCUAAACUGCCUCCUGGAAAGCCUGGAGUAAGUGAUAUGUCCAGGUCUUUUAGCCCACCAAUCCAUUCCUCUAGCCCUCCACCAACAGCACCAUUAGCUCGAGCGGAAAGCACUUCCUCCAUAUCUUCAACUAAUUCGCUGAGCGCCGCCACCACGCCUACCGUCGAGAAUGAUCAACCCUCCUUGGUAUGGUUUGAUAGAGGAAAGUUUUAUUUGACUUUUGAUGGUGCUUCCCGGGGCCCCAGUCCCCUGACCAUGGGUGCACAGGAUACACUUCCAGUUGCUGCAGCCUUUACAGAAACUGUCAAUGCGUAUUUCAAAGGAGCGGAUCCAAGCAAGUGUAUUGUGAAGAUAACAGGAGAAAUGGUUCUGUCAUUUCCAGCUGGUAUCACAAGGCAUUUUGCCAAUAACCAGUGCCCCGCAGUUCUCACUUUCUGCAUAACAAACUGCAGCAGAUUGGAGCAUAUCUUGCCGAAUCCCCAGCUUCUCUGCAGCAACACUUCUCAACCUGAUGCCAAAACAAAAGAAUUCUGGGUAAACAUGCCGAAUCUUAUGACUCAUUUAAAAAAGGUAGCUGAGCAAAAACCACAGGCUACUUAUUACAACGUGGAUAUGUUAAAGUAUCAGGUGUCUUCCCAAGGCCUUCAGUCCACACCGUUGAAUCUAGCAGUUAGCUGGCGCUGUGAACCUACUUGCACCGAUCUUCGAAUAGAUUAUAAGUAUAACGCCGAGGCAAUGAUCAUGCCUGUAGCUCUCAACAAUGUCCAGUUCCUCAUUCCUGUGGAUGGGGGAGUUGCCAAAGUUCAGGCAGUGCUUCCGCCUGCCACCUGGAAUACCGAACAACAUAGGAUACUCUGGAAGAUCCCAGAUUUAUCUCAAAAAUCUGAAAAUGGAGGUGUUGGAUCUCUCUUGGCCAGAUUUCAGCUGUCAGAAGGCCCAAGUAAACCUGCAACAUUGGCUGUCCAGUUCACCAGCGAAGGAAGCACACUCUCUGGUGCUGAUAUUGAAUUGGUUGGAGCAGGUUACAGGUUUUCACUUAUCAAAAAGAGAUUUGCAGCAGGGAAAUACAUGGCUGACAACUGAAGUCCGCACCUCUGUUUGAUGUUACUUACCGGAUGGUUUUUAAACACAACUAGGAGUCAUGAAGGACUGAACACGCAAAACAAACUUUUAUUUUCUAAUUUCAAACUGAAGUUCCAUGCGGCUAGAACAUUUCCAACAACAACUGGAAGUUGGAGUAACACCAGAAGACCUGAACAGUUCUGCAGUAUUAUUAUAUGAUUGAUGUAGCAUUGGUAACAUUUCGUAUUUUACAGUGUAACAAAUGUAUUUGUAAUUUGGUAACCACCUCCCCGUACACUCUUAACUCCAAAUGUCUGUAUUUCAGCUGCUAUAGACAUUUCAGAGUCAUCAUUAUUAACCUGUAGGUUAUGCCUCUUCAAACAUAUAGCAUUGUAUUUGAGUAGAACUGUCUAAGAAAAUAUACUGUAUUCUCUGAAUCUUUAGCCCCUGAACUUACCAGUAUUGAUGCCAGUUGUAUCAGCUUUUUUUUGAAAUUUUGAUUUUGGAAAUCUGUCCAUCUUGGUAUGUCUCAGAUAGUGGACAGAGAACAAUUUUGCAAACAAUGCUACGUUUUAGAGGAAUAAUGGUAAAGAGAGGGGACCUGUGCAAUAAUACUGUAUAGAUCUUUUGUUUCCCCAAACAGAGUCAGGCCAGCUAACCUUUCAGAGAGCAAAAUCCAAUAACACUGAAUUUUAUAUCAUAAAAAAAUGAAAAGGGGGUCAGUUAAGGUUGACUUUUCAUAUGGGACCGAGAAAAUGGGUUUUAAGAUCAUGUAUCUUUCAGCUGAAGAUUAGUUUAUUGUGCAAUUCCAGUGUUAACUUUCCAGUCUGGAAUGUUAUGUCAAGUUUCAUGUCAGUGCAAAAAGUUACAACAUUCAAACGUGAAUAAUAGUUCCAGCAGCUUCUUUUGAAAAUUGCUUUGGUGAUGUGGUUGCAAUUUUUACAAGAAAAAUACAAAAUGAUUUGAAUGUAAAAAAAAUGUUGUAAUGUGAAAAUAGUGGACAUAUUAUCCACCUUGGGUUUAUUUUUAGCCCUCACGUGCACCCAGAAGUGUUUUUCCAAUUAAUCAUGAAAUUAAUGUACAUUUACACAUUUGCCAAUAAUGCAUUGUUUUAAAGACCAAGUUCUGCCUCAAUACAAAGAAGGUGUGGACCACAUACAAUAGCUAUAAAUGUGUAAGUGAACAUUUUCUCCCCAUGCUCUUGACCGAGCCAAAGAAGAUUUGCAUAACUUAAAUUUAGUACAUGGUGGCACCUGAAUCUAAGAUGGAGUACUAUACAGUGUCUGAAUAUUUAUAAAGACAAUCAUUUCGCAUGUACUCCACUAAUAUAUCUUCAUCUUUGGUCGCUGAAUGACUCUGAAAGAAAUAUUAAUCAAACUGAAAUAUUUUGAAGAGCAGGGUCAGUACAAAGUUCACUGCCUAAAGGUGGUAAAAUGGUGAUAGUUUAAAUAAUUUUUGUGAGCUGGGAACUACAUUUUUGGUGGCAACUUCACCCUGCCAUUGGGGGCAGCAAGAUGCAACAAAGACCUGUUUUGCCCCAAGUCUCAGAUGGUAACCUCACUUCAGUUGGCAGCUUGAAUACAAGAGACAACAUCUCAGAGGCUAGCUAAUGUAUGGUCACUGGCACACAGAGCAGCAGCAGUGUUGCACUCUCCCUGAACAGGCCAGUAAACCAAUUGAGGUCUUGGUGACCUGUGAAGACUACCUGCAGCAGCACCAAAACACAGUCAGCAUUCCCAGCACUGGAAGCAGCUGCGUGCAUCUACAUAUUGGAUAUUCAGCCCACCUACUGAAGAUGGUAUAAGCUAAACGGUUCUGCUGCUAUACUUGAGGCUGAGAACGGGUUUUAAAGGAAACAUUUUAAUGUUCCCUCAGCAUUGAUAAGGAAACAUUACACACAUUGUGGGUAUAUUUUGGCUGUGAAAGAGAAAGUGGUUGUUCUUUGUAUUUUUUUUGCCCAUUGGAACACUAUUUUGCACAGUUGUGCACUGUGAAUGCACUGCUGAGCAUUCAAGAAAAAUAAUCAGACCUGACCAUUAAUGGCUGUCUUUUGAAUUAUUGACUUGAAUAGUUAUUUAGGCACAUCAAAGAUCUCCCUGGAUAAAGGAACUAGUUGCUAUAACAGUGCAGAUUAGAAGUUUGGAUUCUUGGUCUGCGUCAGUCAAUCUCAGCAGGACAAAAAUGGAAGUGCUAAAUUAAGCAGGGAAACAUUGGUUAGGGACCUCAUGCAUGUUUACUAUGCAGUGGUAUUUAUUGGAAAGAGCACAUCUACAGAUAUUGAUUGGAUCGGGAUCAUGCUUACUGAAUGGUUCUGGUUGUGACGAGAGGUCACUGACCUAAAUCAUUAAUUCUGUUUCUCUCCCUGCAGAGUAUUUCCACCAUUAAAUGCUUUUAUCUCAUGCUCACUGCCGUACCUCUCAUGGUUUAACAGCUUGUCAACAUUGAUUGUUUGGUCAUCCAUACUGAAGCACACACACUGAAUGGCUACCAGGGGUGUGAUACCUUUGGGCCUGUGGAAACAUAUUCACCUUCAGAAGAAAACUGAAACAAAAAUAAGAAUAGCUCCAUCGAUGUUGCGUGCUAUUUUGUAAAUACUGAUUUUUAAAAUAUAAAUAUAUAUACAAAUAUAUAUGUCAUUUCUUCAGUGGCUGUUUCCCCUGUUGGUCAUUGCACAUAAAUAUGAAUAUGCAAUCAUGUUUUAAUGUAUUAUGUAUUAAACAAAUGGUCUGGCCAUUUAUAAAUCAAAAAAAUCUAAAUUCUAUACAGUAUGGAAAUUGUACUGUAAUAAUUGUUUAAAAUGUUGAAUGUCACUUUUUUUGAAACUGAAAUAAAGUUUAAAAAAUUG